UACGAGGCUUGAAGACGAAACACCCUUUAACCGUAUAAUUAAAUAAUGUUACUGCCAAUCAUCAUCAUUCCACAAUUAACCACACAGAAAUCCCAAAAAAUGGAGUCGCGCUUCCACUCUCUGCUCCUUCUCCUCCUCCUCCUACUAUCACUGCUCAAUUCUCCUAUUCUCAAUCGGGCCGACGAUUAUGGCGGCGUCGGAGUGAUCAAAGUCAAUUACAAAUUCUCCGGGUCGGACCCCACUCUCAGCGCCCUAAGGGCGCACGACGACGUCCGCCACCUUGCAAUUUUCACCGGAGUCGACCUUCCCCUUGGAGGCACUGGCCGCCCUGAAGCCGUCGGGCUGUACUAUGCUAAAAUAGCUAUUGGCACGCCUUCAAAGGAUUACUAUGUACAAGUUGAUACUGGAAGUGAUAUAACAUGGGUUAACUGCAUUCAGUGCAGCCAAUGCCCCCGAAGAGGUUACCGAGGAAUAGAACUUACGCUUUACAAUCCCAGAGAAUCUCUUACUGGGAAACUAGUCUCAUGUGAUCAACAGUUCUGUAAAGAGAUUGGUGGAGGCUUGACGGGUUGCCGUGCAAAUACAUCAUGUUUGUACACUGAGGUCUAUGGAGAUGGGAGUUAUACCAUGGGCUACUUUGUUGAGGAUAUUGUCCAGUAUGAUCGAGUGUCUGGUGAUCUGCAAACUACAUCUGCAAAUGGAAGUGUUAUAUUUGGAUUAAGGCAAGCUGUACAAGUUUCUACAAAUGAAAAUGCAUCAGAAAUAUUAACCCUGAGGACAUGCUCUAUUUCAAGCAUUAGAAACCUUAUCAAGAUGAUCUCAUUGGUCAAAGAUGGAAUUUUCACCUUACCAGUAGCAACUCAAAGAUGUGGUGCGAGACAAUCUGGGGAUCUAGGAUCUUCAGAUGAUGCACUUGAUGGGAUAUUGGGCUUUGGAAAAUCAAAUUCAUCAAUGCUGUCACAGCUAGCCUCAUCUGGAAGAGUUAAAAAGAUGUUUGCCCAUUGCUUGGAUGGUGUGAAUGGUGGAGGUAUCUUUGCUAUUGGGCAUGUUGUUCAACCACAAGUAAACAUGACACCUCUGGUGCAGGACCAGCUCCAUUACACUGUGAAUAUGACUGCAAUUCAAGUUGGUCAUGCUUUUCUCAAUCUGACAACAGAUAUAUAUAAUAUUAUAAACAAGAAAGGGGUAAUAAUUGAUAGUGGCACCACACUGGCGUAUCUGCCUGAGGCGAUUUAUAACCCACUUGUGAAACAGAUAUUCUCUGGGCAGAGGAAUAUGAAAUUGAAAAUUCUUGAAGAUAAAUACACUUGCUUUGAUUAUUCCAGAAGUGUUGAUGAUGUAUUUCCAUCUGUAAUCCUUCAUUUUGGAAAUUCCCUUUCAUUGGAAGUUCAUCCUCAUGACUAUCUAUUCCUUUUUGAAGACAAGAUGUGCAUCGGUUGGCAAAACAGUGGCAUGGAGCCCCAAGAAAAAAUGAAUAUGACAGUUUUAGGAGGCUCGUCAAGUAUCAAAUUGAAGGAUGAGAUUACUGGGUCCGUACAUCUUGUUGGAGCCCACUCUCUGUCUGACGGUGGCCGAUUUAUUGUCCAACCUAUUUUCCUAUUACUCAUUGCUCUACUGCACGGUUUGGUGAUGCCACCCAUACUUUAACUCUCAUUCACCAAAAAGAUGUUAGGACACAAAAGAUAUCCAGUGGGAUGUGCAGAUUGGAAAGUUCACAAAAACCAUAUACCUUAUUUUACAUUUAAGUCUAAUUGUCUCCAUUUUGUAGGCAAUGUAGAAAAAGGGCAUGUAAAUAGUUUUAUGUACAUAAACACCCUUGUCGCACUGAUCAAUCAGGAAACCUACAUUUUGACAGGUUUAGAAAUGUUGUCAGUGUCUUUUGCCCUUCUGAUAAUUUCAGCUCCCAAGUAGCUGGACAUGCGAGAAGCUUCAUUUUGAUUAUUAUUGGAUUGAGAAGAUCGUGUUAAUAUGUCCAUUGAACUUGCUUGUAGAUAAUGGAUCAGAGUUCCUAUUUUUAUUCAUUUCUUUUCAUUAUUA